AUGGAUGGGGAUCCUGGAAACAGUGAUAUCAUCACAACAGCAAGAGAGCAUCUGCGCAACGACAACAUGGCUGCCAACAUCACAUUUCCUCGAGCCCACGAGACUUCAAAAGCCUGCAACGUCCAUGUCGAACAGCGCAAUCCAGCAUAA